CGAAUCCACUCCUCGAGAGGUGAAGGGUACCGAAGCGCUCAGCACUUGAGAGCAGAUUCAACGAAGAAGAAAGCGAACCAGAAAACUAAAGAAAAGUCAGUUCACAGAGCGAAAGCAAAUCCUCAGCCCCUUCCCAUCAAAAUCCCAAUUCACCCCCAAAAACACUCACUGGUACGCUGCCCCAAUUCGUUUCACUUAAUAUUAUGCUCCUUUGAUUCUCGCAACUUUCCCCCAAAGUUGUCACCAAAACAAUAAAAAAGCAAAACCUCUUUAAAGCUCUGCAACUGUUGUAUCAAUGGAUCGUUUCCCAGCAGUUUCCACUCCGUUCGUGUGCGAUCUUCUUAUUUGGUGGUUGGACGAUAAGACGUGAGGCUUGAACAUGAGAGAAGGCACUGAAGUUGAUGAGAGAGUUGAUUUUGAAGAAGAAAACUACAUGGAAGAGAUGGAUGAUGAUGCUGAAGAUCAUCUAGAAGAUGGGGAAGAUGAGCCUGCAAAUGCCCAUGCUAAUGACAACGUCAACGUUGAUGAGGAUGAUGAGGAGGAUUCAAAGGAUGAGGCUAGCCGGAAAGAGCAGCAACAGGAUGAGGAUGAGGAUGAAGAAGUGGAUGCUCGUGAUGCUGAACCUGUGGCAGAGGAAGAGCAAGAGGAAGAGAAGCAAACCUCUUCAAUCAACGAGGAGGAACUUGAGAAGCAUGCUCAACUUCUCGCUCUUCCUCCCCAUGGUUCUCAAGUUUUCAUCGGAGGGCUUCCAAAGGACGUGCUAGAAGAUGAUUUGCAGGAGCUUUGUGAACCAGUUGGUGAAACUUUUGAGAUAAGGUUGGUGAAGGAUAAAGAUACUAGUGAGAGCAAGGGUUUUGCCUUUGUAUCUUUCAGAUCAAAGGAGGUGGCUCAGAAGGCUAUUGAUGAGUUACAUAAUAAAGAAUUCAGGGGGAAAACCUUAAGGUGCUCUCUAUCUGAAACCAAAAAUAGGCUAUUUAUUGGAAAUAUCCCCAAGAUCUUAACAGAGGAGCAGUUUAGGAAAGUAAUUGAGGAAGUUGGCCCUGGUGUGGAAACCAUUGAACUCAUAAAGGAUCCUCAAAAUCCUAGUCGUAACCGUGGAUUUGCUUUUAUAUUAUACUUUAACAAUGCAUGUGCUGAUUAUUCAAGGCAAAAAAUGUUAAGCCCGGAUUUCAAGCUUGAUGGAAAUACCCCUACUGUUAGCUGGGCUGAUCCGAAGGGAAAUCCUGAUCAAUCUGCUGCUGCUUCCCAGGUUAAGGCCCUCUAUGUGAAGAACAUUCCCGAAAAUACUACCACUGAGAAACUGAAGGAAAUAUUCAUGCGGCAUGGAGAAGUGACGAAAGUUGUUAUGCCGCCUGGGAAAGCUGGAAAGCGAGAUUUUGGCUUCAUCCACUUUGCUGAAAGGUCAAGUGCAUUGAAAGCAGUCAAAGAUACAGAGAAGUACGAAAUUGAUGGCCAAGCAUUAGAGGUUGUCCUAGCUAAGCCUCAGGCUGAUAAAAGAUCUGAUGGAGCAUAUAUGUAUGGUGCUGGUCUUCCUCCAACCCAUGUUCCAUCUGCAUCUUAUGGUGCGUUUGCUGGGAAUCCGUAUGGGUCCAUGGGUGGUACUGGAUAUGGUGCAGCCCCCAGUAUUCAACAGCCUGUUAUAUACGGCAGAGGUCCAAUGCCUACUGGGAUGCAAAUGGUGCCUAUGUUACUCCCCGAUGGUCGAAUUGGUUACGUUCUUCAGCAGCCGGGAAUGCAAGUACCACAGCCACCGCGGCCACCUCGGAGAGGUGAUCGGGGGAACAGUGGUGGUGCAAGUGGACCGUCACGUGGUGGGGGUAACGACGAUGAUGGCAGUCGUGGUGGUGGCAGAAGAUACCGGCCAUACUAGUUAGUGGUGGAAAAGGACUUCGGGAGUUUAUGUUUGUUAGGAUGGAUUUCAGGGAAUGAAAGACUUGAUGUAGUUAGAUGGCUCUGCUUCAGUGACCCGAUGGAAUAACGAAAGCCAGCAUCCCCCCUCUUUCCUUUUAUUUUCCAUUUGCUCCGCAGCCUUGAGAUAUAACUAUCCCUGCGUCUUAUCUUAUGGUGGUGGAGGCGGUAAAGGAAAGGAGGAUGAAAGAAGGGACUUGGAACAAGUUUUGAGAGAAGUAAUUGCCUUCUUUCUUGCUUCGCUCUUGUUAUUGAAGGGCACAACACAAAACAGAACAAUAAGUUUAUGACUUAAUCUGUCUGUGGUGUGGUGUAAAUAUUUGAUUCCGUUCCAUUGCGAACUCUGUUUGCUGUGCUGUGCGCCUGUUGCUAUGUAUUCUGAGAAGGAAAUGCAGCAUCUUGCUCUCUCAUGUUCGGUUAUAGUGGUGGCUCCUGAGUCCUGAAUCACUUAUUGAGCAGGGUUCUAUGGUGCCAAAGCAGGGUUCUUAGGAUGAUCUCAUAGGUCCUACGGGGUGGAGAUUAUGAGGACGGUCCAUCCAUGAAUUUUCCUUUCUCCAGUUUUCAUAUAUAGAAUUAAGGUGGAUGAUCUAUUACUUAACC